GGACGAGCCAGCGGCAGUUCGCGCCGAGCCUCCUUCGGGUGAGGGCAUAGCUGCAGCGCUACGGCGACAGGAGGAGCAUCAACAUCGCGAGACAAAGUGUUUACUGGCACCAGCCCCCAUGAACAAGGUGCUGAGGUCACCAGUGGCUCACCCACCCAGGGAGCUGUUGGCAGGCAAGCACAGCCUGGAUGUGGAGGAGGAUGAAGAGGAUGAUGUGCCAGAGUUGGUGCCUAACCUCAACUGGUCAGAAGACCAGGUGUCCAAUGAGCACUUUGAGUUGGCCAGGGAGAAGUUGAGGGACUUGCUGCUGGCUGACCCUGUGCUCAGGGAAAAGGCUGAGGUGUUUGUCAGGGCCCUGGUGGAGAAGGCCCAAGAAGAGGCCCUGGCCAGACAGGAUGAUGACCAGGUGUUCGAGGAGGAAGAUGAUGACGGCGAGGCUUCGCGAGAACGACGAACCCCGAAGAACGACUCGUCCGACGACAGCAGAGCCAGACAAGAGUUCCUGGAGAGACUGCCUUCAUUCGACGGUAUCAACAGGGUGUUGAAUGUGGUUUCAGGCGGCGUGACGCGGGCUUUCCAUCGCGUGGUUGUUUGUGGCGAGAACUUCUGGAGGAACCGACGACGACGCACUUGAUCCAGUGUAUUCCGCGUGCAGUGUGUGUCACUAUUACCGUGCAGCUUCGGCUUUCGUCGUUUUUCGCUGUCGACACCGUCGUUUCCAUCUGUCGCGUCACUGCAAUGCAUGGUUUUCUCCGUGUUCCGCGAAUUUAUGCAGUCGUCUGUGUGUGUGUGUGUGUGUG